AUUUUGUAAAUAAUGUUUGUGAUAUUUAAAAUUCCUUUCGCUCUGACACUACCAGUUGAAGCUCUAGUCGUUAUCUUACAAUUUCUUUGCUUCUCCCUGAUCUAUUACUGAGUAUUUGAAAUACUACAUAUGUAGUACGUAGUAUUCCCUACAUUUUUAUUGAUCAUAUCGUGUGAUUUUUCAUUUAAAAUACUGCAUUUCUAUCUUAAAGUUAUAAACUGAUUUCAAAUUUUAAAAGAAAUAUAAUUAAGAAUCACUUAGAACUAUCUAUACUUUAAUAUCAUGAAUGCGAUGGGAAAAUAAGACAUCACUUGAAUUGUGACAUGGGGCUUGGAUAAACCUCUGGGAGGAAUAGAGAUAUAUCAAAAGUAUUUCACAUAAGUCAAAGUUUCAUCAAUUGCCACAGUAAUUUUUACUUGCUGCUCCACUAAGACCUACCCGAGGAAUGAUUAAUGAGAUGAUUGCUAGAGACAGAAUAAUCGAAUGACUCGUUCUUUAGCUCAUCGGAGACAUGGACUCGUGUAAAAUAUUUAAUUUGUUGUCCGUCUAGACUUACUAUAGUAGUCAUCGUAGUUGUCAUAAUCUCAUAUUUUUGUAGUCUCGUUCAACCAGACACUCGGCUGUCUCCGUAAAUCUCCGACGAGCAGAUUUACGGAGAAAGCAGAGCGGCUGGUUGUACGAGACUAAUAUUUUCGACGCCUUCUGCAGAAUGUAAACCACACUUAGGAGAUUAAAGUUUAUUCAAAUGAGGGACGGAAUCCUUUUCCAUAAAAAGAUAAUUGGAAAAUUGGGUAGGGUGUUUAAAAAUUCGUCUAAAAAAACUACUAAACCAGAAAGGUACUUGAGUCACGUGAUAUGCUUCUAAUGCUUCUGGGAAAAUGUCGCCGUCACUGCGGCAUACUUCUAGGAUAACCCCGUAGAUAAAACAAAUAAAUAGUUUUAAAAGUACUAUAGCCAUUUUUAAAUUCCAGACAAGCUUUGCCAUACCUUCGUUCGUUUUGUUGUGGAUAAUUGCUUGUUUUGAAAGAAGAAAAAAAAUCGCAGCUAAUAUGACGUCACAAUGCACUGUUUAGAUCGACCGCGUUAUAUUUCCCCGUGUUAAAUGAAGAGCCGGAUUCUAAAAUGCCUAUAAAGUUGUGUUACAAGAUGUUAUGAGUCCAUUCGGCAGAUUCCGGUACCCUAUAUCUAGCCUCGGAUGUAUGCCGUCAAGAGCCUCUACGUCAGUAUUUACUUUGGACGGGUUUAACUAGUCCCCAGUGGCUAAGACACCAGCAUACAAAGAGUGAACGAUGUAUUCAAUGGCAGAAACACGGUAGAUAUUAGUAUUGGAAGCUUCACGUCGGAUUAGCAGAUAUAUCAUUAAGGACAAUUGUUACCGCCCUCACUGAUUACCCACCUUUGUUUUGUGAGCAAACAUUUAUUAAGCAACACGCCGCCCCGCGCCAGAAACAACCAAGAUUCUAUCAUCAACACAAAAUCAAUGCACCCUGCGCAUGUCACAAAACGUUGCCAUGAUUUUGUAAUCAUGCGACAUUAGGAGCAUGAUUCUCCUCCUUUGAACUCUGGAUUGGAGUAAAAAGAUAUUCUUUUUUUUUUAAAGCAGGAAACUAUGAGUCUUGUGUGCGGGUUUUCCGGACACAUUGACCGAAAUGAAACAGAUACCUCAAAUUGUUCAACGAAUUGUUCUACUCCAAACUGGGUGAGAACGGCUCUCAUGAGCUGGAUCAGUACGAAAAAUGUAGUGAAUUCUGGAGUGAUGUUUGCCUGUGGUUUCUUUGGGAAUUUGUUAGCUUUAAUUGUGUUGAUAAGGUCUAGUAAGGAACAGCGACGGACGAUUUUCUACCGUUUGGUUGCUGGACUGACCAUCACAGAUUUAAUCGGCACCACCAUGACCUCCCCUGUCGUGAUUACAGUGUACGUAAAGAGACAGUGGGUAGGGGGCGACUUCCUGUGUUCUUACUUUGGAUUUAUAAUGAUCAUGGCGGGUUUCUCCACAAUGACAAUCGUAUGUGCUAUGUCUAUAGAACGGAUAUUGUGCAUAAGACACCCAUAUGUUUAUUAUACCCGUUUAUCGAAGAAGCACGCCACCAUUAUUUUAGUAUCGUGUUGGGUAACGUCUGGCAUUAUAGCUUCCUUGCCUCUUUUAGGAUUUGGGGAAAUUGUCAGAAAAUACCCAGGAACAUGGUGUUAUUUUGACUAUUACUCGAAAGAGCCGAUCCAUAUAGUAUUUAACUAUUUCAUCAGUAUCUUAGCCAUGAGUAUUAUCAUUGUCACCAUUUCCUGUAAUUUGACAGUCAUUUACACGAUUCUAAAAAGCAGACGGAAACAGGGAAUACUCCGGAAAGAGGAUGGCACUUCACGUUCCAUCCAUGGAGCCAGCAAGCGUUACGCAGAAUGUCAGAUGCUGAUUCUUUUGGUAGGGAUCACCAUCGUUUUCAGUGCCUGCUACACUCCGCUUUACGUUCGGGUUAUUAUGAAUCAAACGGGCCUCGUUUGCAAUACCCUUUUGGACUUGCAGCUUAUCCGGCUAGCCUCAUUUAAUCAAAUUCUGGAUCCUUGGGUUUAUAUACUACUCCGGAGAGAACUCCUGUGGAAAAUAAUAUCUGGCGUGAAGUACAUCUGUAAUCGAGGCCAGCCUGACCUGAACUCAUUACCACAGAAACCAUUUGAUGUAGACAGCGCUAACUGUUGUGUGUUUUGCUUCCACUGUUUGUGUGACCCUCCGGUGUCUAGACAGCGAUGUGGGUCCAUUUUCUCUCAGGACAGCCAGUACAUUCACGCAUGUCCAGGAAGGAGCACACUGAACGCCUCUAGUUUUUCGAACCUCAAAAGCACCUCUCUUUCUUCUUUGAACGGAAGACAAUCGGUCCCCUUGCGAGUGUGCUCUGCGAAUGACGUCCAUAUGUUACUACUCAAUAACACGCUGAAGAAGCAUGGGGUGACAAAGAGUUCAAACACACGUUUUGUGGAUGACAUUGAAAACGACUAACUCAUUCACAAAUGUUUUCACACGUGUUUCAUUUCCAAUUAAGUGAUGUACAAUCAAUUUUUAAAGAAUUUAUAUACAUUUUUUUACUACUUAUAUUUGCCUUACAGUUUUUCACAUAGUAAAUGUUACCAUGUUUAUAACAUUCCAAAAAAUUAUGAGGCAACACAAUGAACAUGUGAUCAUGAGAUUAUAAGAGAAUUCCCAUUUUAUUUCAAUCCACAUCAUUGGCAUGACUUACUUUUGUGGCCACCUGUAUCAGUGGGUUUUUUCUCUCUCUUCAAAUUCCCUGUAUGUUGUGAUGUAAAAAAAAUCGACAUGUUUUCCUUUGUUAUCAAAACUUGUAAAACUUUUCGCUUUUUCUGAGUCUCUAAAAUAGUAUUCAGUAAUUAACACUAAGAACACAUGCAAUAUUGUCUUUAUCACAUUUCAUCACAGUUUUGUUCAUUUGGGUGAAUUCUAACGGUAUGGUAUAUAAAAGUACUUAGUUUUAUUUUCCCACCUAAAAUAAAGAUAUUUCAAUCGCAUUCGAUUUUUUUUAUAUACAUAUAUACAUCAUUUUGAUAAACACAUUGAAUUUUACUUGUGCGUCAGGUGAGUUUCAGUAUUGCGAAAACCAUUAGGAAUCGCAGCCUGAAACUUGACGGAAUCUUACGGAAACUAUAUACAUAUGUAAUAGUUUACACACUGCAGAAACCAUACAGAAAACUUCAAUGUCAGGUUUCCACAUGGUUUCAAUUCUGCGGAAACUCGCGUUUCCAUCCAAGAUACACCUAUAUACACGAAAUCAGAGAAAUAUCUCGCUAACUGUAAGUGUCCCUUUUACAAUAUCAUUUAUACGUCGAAAACUUUCAAUAUCAUUUUCAAAAGCCGAAUCCAUGACAAUAAGGUUUAGUUUGACUGAAAACAAACCACGUGUUUCCUGAAUUAAUUCUGUCUGUUGUGUAUCAAAAGUGUUGAAUUGAAAUAAAUUACUCUUAUAUUCA